AUGGUUUUUCAAAAAACAUUUGAAAAUAAACACUUUUUACUAGGUUCACAAACAAUUAGUACUAGAAAAUGGUUAAGGUUUAACUCACGCGAAAUCUUUUGGAAUCAGCCAAGCCUCUGUGCUAAUGUUUUUCGGUUUUUGACUCUGAAACAAUGGUUGACACUUAGACGGUUGAACACUAAUUGUUGUGCUGUUGUGGAUCAUCUGAUAAGUGUACAAUUUCAUCAAGAAUGCAAUAAACUGCAACUAUCGUUUUCAAAUGUUAUUCCGGAAAAGCAGUCAAAAUUUAAACCACAGACUAAUAAACGAUUUGAAAUUGUCACGGAGGAAAUAUUACAGAACUAUAAUAUAGGGAAUUGUAAUUUGAAGAUGGAUAUAAAAACAAGGAAUUAUCUAUUGUUGAAAGAUUUGCUAAACUAUGUUAGAUGCGAUGUGGAUCACCUUAUUACUGACGAAGUAAUGGAUUAUAUGAGGACACAAAUUCGACAAAGUUUUCACGACUUAUGGUUGACACCUUUAAAUUUUCUUUUAAAUAAUGAAAACAACAAUACUUCUUCAAAUGACUCAAAAAAAGCGUAUUUCCUCUCACGUCAUCUUAUUUUGAAAGCCAUGCGGCACUUGUUUAUAAUGCAUGAAAAACCAGUAAAGAAUGUUUUACUAGUACUUUCAAGUGAAACAAAAGAUAACAUUCAUUGGAAAUUUAUUCAGUCGUUGUCUGAAGAAACACAAAAUAUUUAUAAACUAAAAAACAAUAAAGCAAAAUCGCGUUCGGAAAGUAGUGGAUGGUUAUUAAUCGCUAGUUAUCUGACAGAUUUGCCCGAUUUUUUCAUAAAAUAUUGUGCUCGUACUAAUGUUAACUCACGGGAACCGUCAUGGAAUACUUUAAAGUUAUUAUUUCAUUGGAUUCGCGCUCUUAUAGAUUACCAUUUACUCAUUCUUCAAAAACUGUUUUAA